AUGGACGGCCGUCGAUUAGACUUUCAGAGUGUUACAGCAGUAUUACCGCGCUUGAAUGAGAUUCACUGCUGGAAGCACGAUCCGCAGAUAGAUUUCACGUUGCCUGGGCAACAACAAAUUCAUUGUGGGAACCUCGUGUUUUCGCAACAGCAAAUGCACAGCAACUACUUUACUGGUGGUUGUUUUCUUGUAGAAGUGGAGCUUAACUUUAAGAAGUGUACAGACUGCCGGGAAGAGGAGCACAGCCGACAUGAUUCUGUCAGGAACGGUGUGUGCCUUCCUUUUUCACUAGCACUAGCACUUGAUUUCUUGCUAUUGUCAGCUCAAGCAAAACUGAGCCCCAAAUAUGCAAGUCAAGAAGCUACGUCGGGACGAGACACGUCCCAUCAGUUCAAGAAUCACUCUGCCCAGGGCAAUAUUAGAGAUAGUGUUGAGCACACCAAGGCGUUUGAGGCGGUGCUUGGUCGUGUAAGACUGUCUAUGACACGAAAGGAUGAACCUAAAAGGCUUUUCAUGCCAACAGUGCUGGACGGCAUAGAUUUCCGCUAG